AUGCAGCAAGGCUCCAAGCCUCCAAGCACUCUGCCAGUGAGGCUCCCCUCUUCUGCAAGCCAACAUACCCCUAAGCAAAUGAGCCAUCUGUGCAGCACAGCAAGGCCUCAGUCCAGUGAGCCCAGCACCAGCUACCAGCGAGGCCGUAAUCCCAUUGCUGACCAGCAGCCCAUUUUGACUUCUGACCCAGAAGCAUCAACCUCUCAAAUUCAUAAUGCUGCUUCCAAAGCUGGAAAUGGCUAUCACCUAUGUUUGGUGUUUACAGUGAUCCCUAUUGACUCUGAUAGUUCAAGUCAUGGUGACCUUAAAGCUAGGAUUAAGUCUGAAAUAGGAUCGUGUUUUGCCAAGGGUCCUGUCCUCUUGGGACAGCUGUCUACCAGGACUCUUGCCCGCUGUGAAGAGACCCUCUUCUCAGCCAUUAUUGCCAUCAAAGAAAAUGAAGAUUAUCUUAUUUUUCUUCAUCUUGGUAACAGCAGAGGCCAUUCCGAUAUGCUAAAUUUGCAUAAUAUGUCUAAAGCAGUGAAAUGCAGUGGUCUGGCAGUCCCUGCCAAAAGCAAUGGAUUGAAAAAUCCUAAACUAAAUUCAAAUAGUAAAAGGCAACAGGUUUCUCAGAUCAGACCCCAAGAGAAGUAUGCUUUUGAUAGAUCUGUGGACUUAAACUGUUCGGGAAAAUCAGAAGUAACCAAACAGGAUCAGAUAAUUGUCAAUGGUACGGUUAAAAAUAGUGAAAUAAAUGAAGACCUCACAUAUGAAGAUGAGACAGGGACACGUCUAUAUAAAAAUGGCAGUAGCAAAGGACAAGAGAAUGCUAUUGAGAAUGCAAAAAUAGGAGAAAGGGGAUCUUCUACCAGUUCUGGAUUAGAUAAAGGAGAGAGAGGUGAUGGAGAUAGAUAUGAGGUGAUAACAUAUCCAGGAACAUUAGUGAGAGAUGGGAAUGCAGAAAAUGGCACAACAAAUAGCUUUGAAGGAAUCAUUUACAAGGCAGGAAAUGUAAUGAAUAAUAAUAAUGGAAGCACUAGUGAAAAUGUCAAAGAAGGAAAUGUUACCUACACGAACCAAACUGAAAUUAUCAAUGUUCAGCAAGAGAACAUAAACAAGAAUCGAAGCAAUGAAGAUGAAGGAAAUGAAAACAUUGAUAAAAAUGAGGGUGGUCUAAAUGGAAAAAUUCCUAACAGAGGAGAUGGGAAUGGGAGUAAUCAAACUGAGUCUCCAACAGAAAAAAGUGAAGCUAAAAAUGUGAGUGGAGAAGAUGAAAGCUGGAAUGAUACUGAUGGUGGUGCUAGUGGCAAUGGAGCUGAUACCUUUGAAGGUAAUGGUUCUGGUGAUGAUGAAGGAGAAAAAACAGAGGAGAAAAAUGAAAGCACUAUUGAUAACACAGAUUCAAGCUUUCCUAGUAAUGAGGUUCAAGAAAAUGGAAAUGAAGAUGACAGUGAUAAUAGCUUAAGCAAAAAUUCAAGUAAUGCCCAUGAAGAUGAUGACACUGGAGACAAAGAUGAUUCCCUCAAUGGAGAAAAUGCUUCAAACAGUGAUGAAGAUCAUGAUAACACAGUAGAAACUACUGUGGAGCUGACUUCAUCCUUUAGAGGUGGUAAAAAUGGAUUCAAUGAAGACUCAGGACCCAAUGAAGACGCAGGACCCAAUGACAUUAAUAGAGUCCAAGAAAAGGUAGAAAACAAUGGGACCAACAACAGUAAUGGUAUGGAAGCUACUAAAGAAACUGAGAAAGUAAAUGAUGCUCUUAAAAGUAAAGGAGAUGGCAUUUCUGACAAAGGAUCCCAUGGUGUGGCAGGGAAAGUUGACAAUGAACCUAUUGGAAACAACCUGAAAACAAAACUAGGAGGAAAAAUCGGACACAGAAACAUUGGCAGUGAAAGCAAUAGUGAUGGAUAUGAUGAAAGCUAUGAUUUUGACAAUGAAUCUAUGCAAGGAGAUGAUCCUAAUAGCAAUAAUGAUGAAGCCAAGUCUGAAAGUGAGGAUAUCAGUAAUAGUGAGGGCAAUGAUUCUAAUGAAUCUGAUGAAUCAGCUGGUGAUAGUAAUGGUAGUGACUCACCAGAAAGAGGAGAUGAAGAUAGUGAUAGUGUUUCAGACACUAGUGAUGAUGAUAGUGACAGCACCAAUAAUGACAGUGAUAGUGAUAACAAUAGUGAUGGAGACAUAGCUAAUGGCAGUAGUGAUAGUAGUGACAGCAAUGGCAGUGACAGUAAAUCUGAUAGUGGUAACAGCGAUAGUGAGAGCAAAUCUGAUAGCAGUGACAGUAGUGAUAGUAGUGACAGUAGUGAUAGCAGUGACAGCAGUGACAGCAGUGAUAGUGACAGCAAAUCUGAUAGUAGUGAUAGCAGUGAUAGUAGUGACAGCAGUGACAGCAGUGAUAGUGAUAGCAAAUCUGAUAGCAGUGAUAGCAGUGAUAGUAGUGAUAGCAGUGACAGUAGUGAUAGCAGUGACAGCAAUGACAGCAGUGAUAGUAGUGAUAGCAGUGACAGCAGUGACAGCAGUGAUAGUAGUGAUAGCAGUGACAGUAGUGAUAGUGAUAGCAAAUCUGAUAGCAGUGAAAGCAGUGAUAGUGAUAGUAAAUCUGAUAGCAGUGAAAGCAGUGACAGCAGUGAUAGUGAUAGCAAAUCUGAUAGCAGUGACAGCAGUGAUAGCAGUGACAGCAGUGACAGUAGUGAUAGCAGUGACAGCAGUGAUAGCGAUAGCAAAUCUGAUAGCAGUGAAAGCAGUGACAGCAGUGAUAGUGAUAGCAAAUCUGAUAGUAGUGACAGCAGCGAUAGCAGUGACAGCAGUGAUAGUGAUAGCAAAUCUGAUAGUAGUGACAGUAGUGAUAGCAGUGACAGCAGUGAUAGUGAUAGCAAAUCUGAUAGUAGUGACAGUAGUGAUAGCAGUGACAGUAGUGAUAGUGAUAGCAAAUCAGAUAGCAGUGAUAGCAGUGACAGUAGUGACAGCAGCGAUAGUAAUGGCAAAUCUGAUAGUAGUGAUAGCAGUGAUAGUAGUGACAGCAGUGACAGCAGUGAUAGUGAUAGCAAAUCUGAUAGCAGUGAUAGCAGUGAUAGUAGUGAUAGCAGUGACAGUAGUGAUAGCAGUGACAGCAAUGACAGCAGUGAUAGUAGUGAUAGCAGUGACAGCAGUGACAGCAGUGAUAGUAGUGAUAGCAGUGACAGUAGUGAUAGUGAUAGCAAAUCUGAUAGCAGUGACAGCAGUGAUAGUGAUAGUAAAUCUGAUAGCAGUGAAAGCAGUGACAGCAGUGAUAGUGAUAGCAAAUCUGAUAGCAGUGACAGCAGUGAUAGCAGUGACAGCAGUGACAGUAGUGAUAGCAGUGACAGCAGUGAUAGCGAUAGCAAAUCUGAUAGCAGUGAAAGCAGUGACAGCAGUGAUAGUGAUAGCAAAUCUGAUAGUAGUGACAGCAGCGAUAGCAGUGACAGCAGUGAUAGUGAUAGCAAAUCUGAUAGUAGUGACAGUAGUGAUAGCAGUGACAGCAGUGAUAGUGAUAGCAAAUCUGAUAGUAGUGACAGUAGUGAUAGCAGUGACAGUAGUGAUAGUGAUAGCAAAUCAGAUAGCAGUGAUAGCAGUGAUAGUAGUGACAGCAGCGAUAGUAAUGGCAAAUCUGAUAGUAGUGACAGCAGUGAUAGUAGUGAUAGCAGUGACAGUAAGGAUAGCAAUGGUAAAUCUGAUAGCAGUGACAGCAGUGAUAGUGAGAGUAAAUCUGAUAGUAGUGAUAGCAGUGACAGCAGUGACAGCAGCGAGAGUAGUGACAGCAGUGAUAGUAGUGACAGCAGUGACAGCAGUGAUAGCAGUGAUAGCAGUGAUAGUAGUGACAGUAGUGAUAGUAGUGACAGCAGUGAGAGCAAAUCAGAUAGCAGUGACAGCAGUGAUAGUAAAUCUGAUAAUAGUAAUAGUGACAGUGAAUCUGAUAGUAGCAACAGCAGUGAUAGCAGUGACACUGAUAGCAGUGACAGUGAUAGUAAAUCUGAUAAUAGUAGUGACAGUAGUGAUAGUAACAGUAAUGAAAGCAACCAUCAAGGCAAGUCCAAAAAUAAUGCCAACAAUGGAAAUGACAGUGAUAGUGACAGUGUCAGUGAAGGCAGUGAUAGUAACCAUCUAACAAGUGAUGAUUAG